CAUGCUGAGAAGCCCUGUGCUCCUGAGGAAUGUUGAAAAGCCUGUUGCUAGAUGACAUAUCUCAGAGCAUCUGAAAGCUUACUCUGGGGAGAAACCAGGUGUAUGUGGCAAAGAAUAUUGAAUAUUAGAAAACCUACUAGAAAAGUUUGCACUGAUAUAGUUAUGCAAUCAUUCAAACCCUGCAUUUGAGUGAGAGGUCAGACACAGAAGCCUUAGAACUUAAGAAUGUGGAAAUAUCCUCAGCUCAGAGGAAAUCCUUAUUUCUCAAAUAUUUCAUAUUGGAGACCAACCUUGUGAAUGUGGAAAAACUUCCAUUCAGAUGUCACACCUCAGUCAGCAGAGAAUUUACAGUGGGGGAAACCCCUUUGCCUGUAAAAUAUGUGGGAAAAUCUUCAGCCACAAAUCAAAUCUCACAGAACAUGAGCAUUUUCAUAAUAGAGAGAAACCCUUUGAAUGUAAUGAAUGUGGAAAAGCCUUUAGCCAAAAGCAAUAUGUGAUUAAGCAUCAGAACACUCAUACUGGAGAGAAGCUUUUUGAAUGCAGUGAUUGUGGAAAAUGCUUUAGCCAGAAGGAAAACCUGCUUACCCAUCAGAAAAUUCACACUGGAGAGAAACCUUUUGAAUGCAAAGAUUGUGGUAAAGCUUUCAUUCAGAAGUCCAACCUCAUUAGGCAUCAGAGAACUCACACAGGAGAGAAACCUUUCAUAUGUAAGGAGUGUGGAAAAACCUUCAGUGGCAAAUCAAACCUUACUGAGCAUGAGAAAAUUCAUAUUGGAGAGAAACCCUUUAAAUGUAAUGAAUGUGGAACAGCUUUUGGCCAGAAGAAGUACCUCAUAAAGCAUCAAAACAUUCACACUGGUGAGAAACCCUAUGAAUGUAAUGAAUGUGGAAAAUCCUUUUCUCAACGAACAUCACUUAUUGUGCAUGUGAGAAUUCAUUCAGGUGACAAACCUUAUGAAUGCAAUGUAUGCGGCAAAGCCUUUUCUCAGAGUUCAUCUCUCACAGUGCAUGUGAGGAGCCAUACAGGUGAGAAGCCCUACGGUUGUAAUGAAUGUGGGAAAGUGUUUUCUCAGUUCUCCACCCUCGCUCUGCACUUGAGACUACAUACAGGUAAGAAGCCUUACCAGUUCAGUGAGUGUGGGAAGGCUUUCAGCCAGAAGUCACACCAUAUUAGACACCAGAAAAUCCAUACUCAUUAAAAAACUUAAAAAUGUUUACUAUGGGGAAGUGUUCAUUAAUAAUUUAUACCUCACAGUGGAUCAUUCAGUCAUUCUGAGACAAAAUACCACAAAUUAGGUGAACUUUAACAAAUGCUAAAAAUCAUGGA